UCAGUUGUGGAGAAAAUCUAAUAGUUCUGAUAUAUGACUUGAAGGAGGUGGAGUUGGGUCAUCAAGCAGGCAGCAAAGCAAUCUGCUCAUCAACAACAACAAAACCUUUGCAGAAGCAAAUCUGUCAAAGCCUUGGAAAUAGAGCUGGGAGCAUCCGAACCCUUUUCAAAGGAACUCUCUCUGCGCCGAGUGGUAUAAUGAAUCAACAAAAUCAGUGGCUGAGAAGGUUAGAGUGUGAAUGAGGAAGUGGAAUGAGUAGCUGGUACAGUUUUGUAGAGUUGGUCUUUGCAGAGCUGGUCUUUGUCAGAAGCAGCAGCCUAGCUCGGGUUAAAUUUUCUCUGCUUCUCUUCAGGGACAGAGCCCUGAACAGGCAAAGUGUUUUUGUUUCUCCCUUGUGUACUGGGGUUUGCCAAAUCCUUGGUUGUUUUUCAUGCUGAAACUGCUGAAUGAUGAGCAGAGUGCAGCAGUGGAGCACUUACCUCGGGCAAAUCCGAGUGCCCCACUGGUCAAGAACGUGGCCCUUCUCCGUAGCCAUGCUCAGUGUGAUGGUGUCCUGGCCUGGAGCAUGCCCCUGCCCGUCGGAGUGUGAGUGCACAGACAGGUCAAGGUCGGUGGAGUGCAGGAACACCAACCUGACCCAGAUCCCAUGGGGAAUCCCUCCGAGCACCCAGAACCUGCUCAUCACUGGCAACAACAUCUCGCUCCUUAGGAGGUCGGCUUUUGAGGGCAAUGGAUCCGGGUUCGUCUAUUUGGGAACUCUCUCUCUCCCAGGAAACCAGAUCGAAGGCAUCGAGCCCUCUGCCUUUGAAGGCUUGGCCAACCUCAGGACCUUGAACCUAAGUCGCAACACCUUAGCAUCAAUUGCUGCAGAUGCAUUCCUUGGUCUUUGCCAGCUGCAAAGUUUAAGCAUGAACUACGCUCUGGAGCCAUCAGUAGAGGAUCAGCUGUGGAUCGCGUUGCGCCCCAGUAAUCUCCCCAACGUAACUGAGCUCCAUGUGGCCGGGAACUACCUAACCAAGCUUUCAGAAGAAGCAGUGUCCAUCGGUUCCAGCUUGCAACUGUUGGAUCUAAGGAGCAACCUGUUGCAGAGUAUCAGAAAGCAGACCAUCACCCUUUGGCAGAGCCACCACAAGCUUAAGGUUUACUUGUCCUCCAACCCAUGGAUGUGUGACUGUGAGCUUCGCCCUGUGUACUGGUGGCUCAGGAACACGUCCCAGAUCGGUGAUGGGCAGCUGCUCACCUGCUUCAGCCCCAGUACCUUGAAUGGAAGCAUCCUCAGCCAGCUCAGACCUGAUGAUCUCGUGUGUCUGGAGGAAACAGCAGCUUCCUUCGUCUUCCUCGGGAUUGUCUUGGCUCUUAUCGCAGCCACCUUUGUCAUGGUCUUGUACCUGAACAGGAGAGGCUUGAAGAGAUGGGCCAGAAAUUUCCGAUACGCUUGCCACGACCAGAUGGAUGGCUACCAGUACAGAUACGAGCAAGAUCCUGAGCCCAGGCUGGCCCGUGUUAAAGCUAUAAUUUAGCCUAGCCACAAGAGGAGAGACUGUGGGUAGUAUUCCUCACUGUUGUGUAAAUGAAUUCCAACUACAGCAGGAUAUAUCUCUAUCAGAAAGGCAACAUUGAAAUAAGGUCAAACAACUUUUGUGUAUUCUAAGGUAUAAUUUUGUACGUUUCUUCUGUGUAAUAUUUGGAUUGGUGCAUGCAACAAAUUUGCCAGGUUCUCCAAUUUACCCUGUUAAUGGUAGCUCACUCCAAUUAUAUAGAAGAGCCCAGUUGUUGUUGUUGUUACAGUGUGGAGCCAGUUUCCUCAGCUUGUUGUGUACAACCUUCUCGCUGCCUCGGAUUGCUAUGUUGCAACACGCUUUAACAUUUCUCCUCUUCAUUCUGUGUUAACAAUUUUGUAAACACGCCAGGAGAUUUUCUCC